AGGACGGAAGCAGAGGGUGCUGUUUCUAUGCCACCACCAGGAAAGAGGCAGAGGGGCUGGGCCAUGCUGGAGUCCUCUGGGAGGGAGCGACCUUGACCCUGGCUGUGCUGCAAGCUGAUUCCAGCCCUGGUGGCAGAAGUGACAGUCCACACGGGCAAGAUUGAUAUCUAAAUCACCACUCGGGCACAGCAGAGAGCAGGGCUGGCAUGUUUGGAAAGCCUGGACCUCCACAAACUCCCUUAAACAGGAAGCAGUAAUAAGCAACCCUCUUGUUUAAGAGUCACGAAGUGAAUUUUCCAGGUGUUCUACUUGGUGUCAUUAUAAAUGAAGUUAUUUGGGUGAGCGCACGGCUGCUGGAUGGAGAAAUUAGCGGAGUAUGGAAAGACAUGUACAAUGACACAUUAAAUGUCAGUACAGAGAAAAGGAGUGCAGAAUUGCCUGAUGCUGUGGGACCUAUUGUUCAGUUACAAGAGAAAUCUUAUGUGCCUGUAAAAGAAUACCCAGAUUUUAAUUUUGUUGGGCGAACUCUUGGACCUAGAGGACUUACAGCCAAACAACUUGAAGCAGAGACGGGAUGUAAAAUAAUGGUCCAAGGCAAAGGCUAAAUGAGGGAUUUAAAAAAGGAGGAGCAAAAUAGAGGCAAGCCCAACUGGGAGCAUCUACAUGAAGAUUUACAUGUACUAAUCACUGUGGAAGAUGCUAAGAACAGAGCAGAAAUCAAACUGAAGAGAGCAGUUGAAGAAGUAAAGAAAUUAUUGGUACCUGCAGCAGAAGGAGAAGACAGCCUGAAGAUGCAGCUGAUGCAACUCUGGGGCUGAGAGGCAGGGAAAUGGGAGGAGACACCCCCACCUCUGGCUUCUUGAGAAUGGACAGUCCCUGGUGCAAGUGGACUGGGCUCACAGUUUCUUGAAUGCCCAUACUUAAAAGAAAAACACACCAUACCGCAUGGAUAGGACUAAAUCUAUUAUGCAUAAACUUCUCCAUUAUCGUAUAUGAAUCCAAGAGCCAUCGUGAAAUGAAAUUUACAUCUGUAUUAUUAAUUACCAGUUUCUUUGUCCUGUAAAGGUGUUCUACUACGUCCAUCAACUCAGAGGCUAUCAUUUCUGUAUUGAUCAUUUAAAAUGCACCAAAAUCAGAAAGUAAUAAGAUUUCAAAUUCAGGAUGAUUUCUCUUUUCCCACAAGAGCGAAUUCUACCCGUGAUGAUAUCAUAUUCUUGCUUCUGAAAGGAAUAAACCUUUGAAAAUAAAUGCGUGGUUGUUCCAGUUACAGAAACGGAUUUUUUAAAGCCUGAGGCAUGUGAUCAUUACCAUAUGUGGAUAGAAACAUGGCAGAGGGUUUUUCAGUAAAAGUUAUACCCCAAACAAAUAACCUUGUUGCAAAAGAAACUUCAUGCUUCUGCUCAGAGACAGGUGUCUCGCUAAAAUUAUUUCUCAAUUAUCUGUUCCUUCACAGUGGAGAUGCCAUCGUCUCUGAAAAAUCUACUAAUUAUAACAGCAUUAUCCAACAAGAAGAAACAUGUGAAGAUCAUUCACCGAUGAAAACAGACCCAGUUGGAUCCCCUUUGUCUGAAUUCAGGAGAUGUCCAUUUUGGGAGCAAGAACUGGCAAAGAAAUACUUCCAUAAAAUGGAAGUGAAUAAGAAGAUAUCCGUUAUUCAAAUAAUUCAAUUGCAUCAAAUGCCAUGA